AUGUCAGGUGAACACUUUAGUUAUGUAGUGACCAAUCUAGUCACAACUUUUAAUUUAUAUGGCAGAAAGUUAAAUCUGACUAAAGACAACAAAAUGGAAUUUGUGGACGUAGUUAAAAAAUUGGCCUAG